AUGUCUCACUUUUUAUAUGGCAAACUUGUUUACAUGUGCAGCAGCAUAAGCCUUCAUUUGAGCUGUCUGGAAAACUUGCGGCUGAAAACCAAUCGAGUAAAAGAUCCUCUUUAUGUACAUCAUCAAAGUUGCUAUCUGUUUGGUAGAGAGAGAAGGGUUGCAGACAUCCCAACAGACCAUCCAUCCUGCAGUAAACAGCAUUCUGUUCUUCAGAAUAGACAAGUGGAGGAGGAAAACCCAGAUGGUGGUGUGACAAAAAGAGAGAGGCCUUAUAUAUUUAAUGGAUCUUGGAAGCACCAAUGGGACCUUGGUCAAUGUGAGCAGCUUGUCGGAAUAAUUUUUGAAAUCUGCUCUCUGCUCCAUCGUAUAAAGAUCUCUUAUUAGGAGGAGUUGAAAACAAAUUUAGCUUCCAUGCCGUUGAUACAACUUCAACCCAACUUGUGAUGUUACUGCCGCGCGCGAGUAUGUUCUGCUGCAUGAGAAUUCUACCGGAUCCAUCUCAAAAGCUUUCGGAAAUUGGGGAGGGGAACAAGCGGCCGCAAUCUUUGCUGGAGUAUGUUCAUUAAAUUAAGUGGAAGUUUGCACCUAAAUCUAUAUGAGAGUCUCAUUGUAGUAAAUUGGAAUGGAGGACAAAUGCUGGCCUUGAUUGUGUUCUUUUCAUUUGGUUUAAGACUGGAAGCUUAUGUAUCGUAUCGGCAUUUGAGGCGUUAGGUAAAUUAGUCGUUAGCUAUUUUUACAAUUUAAGACUUGGAUUUUACUCUAUAGAUUUCAGACCUAGGGCUCGUUUGGCAGAUUAAAAUCAACAUUAACAUUAAGAAUAAAUUUGUACUACUUCUCUCGUAAUGUGUAUGUCACUUUUUUUUUACUUUGUCGCAUAAGAUUUUACAUUCUUUUUCUAAAAAAAAGUAAACAUUAAUCAAUACACUCAAUCAUCAAUUCUUUCUCUUCAUUAUUAUUUCAAUUGUUUUUUGUCUCUAUUAAUACUGCUGUUCGAUAGAUAAGAUAAUCAUGAGUUACAAUGAUUAAAUUAGUCAUAGGAGUAUAGAUAGAACGGUUAAUCAUGCAAUAUAAUCUAAAUUUGAAAUUAUAAAAAUCGCGACUGAAUAAUAGAUAAGACUAGUCAUGACAUUUAAUCACAAGUAAUCAUGACAACUGACCGGCCAGUAUACCAGAAAGGUUGUGUUCCCAAUCUCGGAUCACCCAGCAUAGUGAUCUUCAACGACACCAAAUCGGAGUCGCUCUCACAGCAGCUGCUACGCGAUGCCGUAGCCGCCUCCUCCGCCGCCGGAAUCCAAAGAUAAUCUUGUGUAGCGGGGGUAAGGCAUCCUAAGCAAGCAUACAAGAAUUCUAUCACAAACAAAGUUUUAAAACCCUCAACCGGAUGCUGACGUGGACUAGUUUCCGGCGGCGCUGAGUCAUCUUUCCGGCGCAAUAGCUGCAUAUAUAUUUACGCUGAGAUGUGGUUUGCUUUGU